GCGCUCGUUCCACGUGCGGCGGCGCAAACCAAUCAGGGUGACUCAUGCAGCGAGCCAAGCUCGCGCGGCAACUCGGGUGUCGCGCGCCUCUUCAGCAUUGUACUGGCGGCGGAGCGGACAAAAGUUCGUUGUUAGUUUCUCCUCCACUUCGCUGAGCGUAUUUUCGUAGCCAGUGGUUAAGUUAAAGCCCGUUUGUUCAAGCAGAGGACGUAGGCGAACUCGAAAGCUGAACUGGCGUUUAAAGGCUGCUCACUAGAAGUUGGACGCGACUGCGGUGGACGUUAUUGUUGGGCGUCCCGUGGGGUUUAAAGUGCAGCUAGCAGUAGCGCCCGCGGCUACUAGCACUCACUUAGUCGCGCUAACCUGCAGCCACAUCUUCGCCGUAUAGUUCGUUUGAACGCUAUGGCAGCCGUGUGCCAGCCACGACGUGCCCUGGUGGAAAUACCAGCUCCACAGCCCAAAAUUGCAGCACGCAUGAGGAGGUCUUACCUGGAAAUACUCAGCGCUCCGUCUCCCCACGCAAGAGGAAGAAGCACGAAGCGAGUGCCUUCAUUGAAUUUGUCUAUUGACGGCCUGUGGAGGGGGCGACUGGAGGAGCAGUGUGAAAAGAUGGACGAGCACCAUAGCCCCAUCUCCAAUCAGCAGCUCGCACAGCUAAUCAGAUCCCUCAUAUUAGUUGAACAGAGCCAAGAGCCACGGAUCCUGACCUCGGACCUCAAGUACCUCCAGGAGGACUUGCAACUUAAGAAGGCUAAUGUUUACAGAUCGAUACCCUAUUCGCGAUUCGGUUCCAACAGGGAUGCUCACUGCUACAGAAAGGCAUAUCCUCACCUGGUGGCAUUCAAAGUUUCGUGUCAGGAGUGGGGCCAGGUUCUACUGCGAAACAAAGAGUGGGACGCCGUUCUGGAGCACACGCUGAUGGCCUGGCGCUACACCAGCGAGUUGCCUCAGUGGGAUACAGCGAACCACAAUGCUCUCCGGGAGCAGUGCUACAACAUUCUGGCUGCUAAUGGCCUCGCUGCUCUCCAGCACUACAGCCCUGAACUCUGCAGAGGACGCGAGCUGCUCAGGAGGUUGAAGAUGGCUCAGCUACACAGCAAAUCCAUUGUUCCCUGUAUUCAGGAGUUGCAGAGGAUCAUUGGAUGUGCAGAUGAUUAUACCAUGGAUGCCAAAUAGCGCAAGAAUCUGUAACUGUCUGCCUUAACUUGAAAAUAUUGCCUCAUAUUUAAUAUCAUGUACUUUGUGUUAUGGGCCAAAAACCAUAUUUAUGGUAGUUUGAGAAACCACUACAGUAUUCUUCCAAAGUGGCAUGGCAGCUAAAGGUAAUGAAAACCUUUCCCUACAUCACUAUGAAUGCAAUACACCAGUCUUUUAUUAUCACUGCCUCUUUACAAGAACUGGAAAGUAUUACUUCAGAUUGUGUGUUACAUGGCUCCCUUCAUGAUGUGUUUAAGCAUUAGCAAUGAGCCAGACUUAUUGCUAAAGAAUUUACAAUCAAACAGAAGUUGCAUGGUGUUUUCCUGCCUGCAAUGUUAUGUAUUUUUUUAAAACCUUUAUAUAGAAAACGUUUUGCAUUGACCAAUGAAAUGUAAAGUAUGAAACAGCCUUGUUGAUUUAUAUGGCUGUGAUUGUAUAUGUGUUUGUUACUGUUCACAAAACCUGGAAAUGUGGCCUGUGCCAUCUCUGACUGUAUGUGUUUUAUGUUGUCUGUCAAUGGUUGCACUGUUGUGGUUUGUCCUGAAAACUUGAAAUUUUGAUAAAAUCCUUAAUUUAAGUAAAGUUUGUACUGCAAAGAAA